GAGCACAGAGACCCGGGAUCUUCGUGUUGUUGAGCGCAAAUGCGAAUAGCGGGUCGAGUCCGCCCGUCAUGACUGUCGAGUGACCACAGCAGCGGUCAGUUUGACGCCGGCACAGCACCGUGCAUGCAGCCCGGCUGACAGCGCCAACGCACCGCCGGAGCUUUUGUCUUCGAGGGGGAAUUUUCAAGUGCAGAGUCGGCGUCUGGAGCUCCUGAAGCAAGAGUACAGAAAAAUUGAGCCGGCUCAUCUUCACCUACGACGCAGCGGCCAUUGCAGCGGCUAAAUGAAGAUCUUGUGAACAUGCACGAGGGAAGGACUCUACCUUUCACUUCGGUGACUUCCCCAGAUGCUUUGGCCCAAAGAAAGAUGGAAAGGAAUGGGAAGAACUUGAGCCAAGGCUGCUGCACAGCACCCAUUCAGUGAGCCAACAGGAGAUCCUCCAUCCGCCACGUCGCUGAGCCUCUCACCCUUUCCCUUCUACUCCCUCGACCUACAAGCAUCAUGACCUCUGAGCUGGAGAGCAGCCUCACCUCAAUGGACUGGCUCCCCCAGCUCAGCAUGAGGGCAGCCAUCCAGAAGGCUGACGCGGGACACCUCCAUGGCCAUCACCAUGGACACCACCACCACGGCCACCAUCACCCACAUGGCCCUGGCAAGAAAAUCGCCCAUCUAGACCCAGGUACAACGCUGGACCAGGAGGAAGCUGCACAGCAUAGAGAUGGUAAACCACCUUACAGCUAUGCCAGCCUAAUCACCUUUGCAAUCAAUGGCUCGCCGCGCAAACGGAUGACUCUCAGCGAGAUCUACCAGUGGAUCUGUGACAACUUCCCCUACUACCGAGAGGCAGGCAGCGGCUGGAAGAAUUCUAUACGACACAACCUGUCCUUGAACAAGUGUUUUCUCAAAGUGCCUCGCUCCAAAGACGACCCUGGGAAAGGUUCCUACUGGGCCAUAGACACCAAUCCUAAAGAAGACACGGUACCCAGCAGGCCAAAGAAGAGGCCACGCUCUGGAGAGAGGCCUCCUCCUCUCCAGGGAACCCAGGCAGGCGUGGAGCGGCAAAGUGCACAAUCACAGUUGCUCAUUGGAGGAAGAAUUGAGGCAUCAACCCCUUACAGUCUGGAGUCCGAGUCUCUGAGGAUGGACUGCAUUAUGUCAGGAGGAGCGUCCCCGACUCUGGCCAUCAAUGCUGUAACCAACAAGGUAAGCCUGUACAACCCGGAGGCCGAGGGCAGUGAGAGUCCGGGGAGUCUGGGCAGCCUGAGCAACAGUCUUUCAGAGCAGAGUUUGGCGUCCGUCAACCUUAACAACCUGAGCACUGCCGUCAGCAGCGGCAGCAGCAACGUCCACAGCUACACGCCAGUGAACAGCCACUCAGAGCCUUCGUCCCAGUCCCUGAGCCUCCAGCAGCCCGCCCAGCCACCGCCGCCUCCCCCACCUCCCCCACAGCCCCAGUACGGUUUGCCCGUCCCAGAGUCGCGGGACAAGCAGCUCUGUUUUUCGGACUUUGAGGACCUCAGCGCUUCUUUCCGCAGUCUUUACAAGUGCGUCUUUGAGCAGUCCUUCUCACAGCAAGGUUUGAUGGGGAUGCCCGGCGAUUCCAGCCAGCAGGCCCGGACCGCCUGCUCCUACCAGCACUCUCCUGGCGCCGGAAAUGGCAGCAGCCACCACCACCAACACAACCACGGUCAGACGCCGCACCACGCUCACCUCCCCCAGCAGCACCUCUCCCCUCACUCCACCCACAGCCAGCACCAGGCACACGGUCAGCAUGGCCAGCACCAACAGCACCCUGCUCAUUCACAGCAGCACCCGUCUCUCUCCCAUCAGGGUCACACUGGACAGCCCUGCCCCACAACUGGCAUGUCAUCAGACUGGUACCCCAACCUGGACUGGCUGAAGGAGAGCUGCCGCAUUGCUACCAGCUACAACUGGGCUGACGUAGACCUCUCCCCAUUUCAAGGUCUGAAGGAGAGCAUGCGGCAGGCUGAGCUCAACAACUGGUCACUGGAUGCUGCCCAGAUGGCCGACCUAUGUUCCUCCAUUAACCAGUUCUUCACAGCCACGGGGGUCAUCCCUCCUCAGGGCGCCGCCCACCCACAACCUCAGGUCCAACACCCGACACCACCAGGAGCACCACAGCACCCGGCUCAGCCGCACGGGGCGAUGCACCCAAAGGCCAGCCAGCACAAUCAGCACGCGCAACACAACCAACACAACCAACAUAACCAACACAUCAGCACGGGGAACAUGUACAUAGACUCGAGACAGAGCAUUUCCUCUCUGAUGGGCCCACCAGGAUACCCCCACAUGCCCCCCAUGAGCAACACGGCUCCCGCAAUGACAGGUGACUCCUCCAUCGCUCUCUUAACAGGUCAUCUCAGCCAGCUGAGCCAGCAGCAGCAACAACACAGGCUGCCUCUUGGACACUUCCAGGUGAGACGCAUGCUUGCUGCGGAUGACAUCCAGGACGACUUUGACUGGGACUCCAUCGUCUAAACUGAGCCGUUAAUGGAACAGAAGGAUGAAAAGAGAGACAAGUGAUGACAGGUGAGGUAUGGAACUAGCCGACCCCCUUUCACCUGUGUGAAAAAAACAACAGAAGACAAUCCAACAGAAAAAAAAACGGAGAGUAAUUUUUCUGAUCUUGCUGGCUUUUUAUUUUCCUGAUACAAGUGGAUGGUGAGUCUAAAGACAAUCAUUUAAAAAAAACGGGACUUACUUGGAUUGGACCAAGCCGACAUGUAAACACACAUCGUCCAAAGCGAAAUGUCGUCUGAAGCUCUCUGAAUUGUCUCAUGUCGUGUUUCCCUCCAGUGCCAACAGGGUUAAAAGUCGCCAAAGUGUUGUCAAAUGGUCUGUGAAUUUCUUUUUUCUUUGUUUCGUUUGUGUUUUAACUUGUGUCCGAUAUCUGCCAAGUUUCAGUGCCUGUGCCUGAAAUGAAUAGAAACAUUUGUCCCCUCUAAACUCCCUGCAGAAAAAUCAUCUGUCACACACAUUUAACAAACUUUUUCAUCCUUUUCCUCCUCAUCUCAUUAGUCUCGCUAAUAUUGAGCAAUCUUUGUGGCUGUGGCUCUUUACAGCUACAGUUAGAAGGAGGAUUUAUGAAGGAGGAAGUAAUGAUGGUGUGUCUGCUCAGUUUGAAACAGCAGUGGUUGGGUGAAGCACCACCUGCUGGUUAAAACAGGCUCCAUCAUAACUUCCUUUGCCUGAAGAAGUUCUAUGCACCACAAUCUGCAAUCUGCUCUUAGUUUGUUCUGUCACCCGGCUGUAAACCUUUAUUUUAUCAUUUUUAAUGUCGUUAUUGUGCGUGUGAACAGUCCAUGGUGCCAUGUUCUCAGGGUGUUACAGUCAAAUACCAUGUCAGACCAACACAAAGCCAUUUACACCUUUGUAUGCGAGGUUCCUAUGUGUUGUUCGGUGCUGUCAGUGUUCACUUCCUGUUGGCGAACAGCGAGCCUCCUGGUGACUGUGGUCAUAAAGUUUAAAGGUAUACUAUGCAGGAUUUACCCUAAAAAGACUGUAGAUUCUUACAGAAGUAAUCCCUCUAAAUCAUCACUUAUGACCCACUAGAAGUGUGGUGUGAUGAAUUUAUCUGCAGAGAUUCUGCCCGCUGCCUGUAUUUACUUAUUUUCUUCUUAUUUUGAUGUUUCAGGACAUUCCUGGGCACAGCACACAGGUGAGGUCAGGACUUUAUUGAUAAAUAGAAACCAGGGGCUGUAUUCACUAAGCUUACAACUACAAAGACUUUCUCUUUGUGAAAAAAAAUUAAGAAAAUUCUUGAAAUUGUUUCCUUCUCUAAGAAUUUUCCCUGAAGGUUAAGAAAGUCUUGGUAUGAUAAAAGUUAUCUAAAUCAUCUUAGCCCUCAACAGCUGUCAUGGUGAAAAAUGGCUAUGGAGAGGAGGACUUUUAAAGAGACUUAAGAGUUUCUUAAGCAAAGGAGAGAAUGGCCAAAAGGACAAAGACGUAGGACAUUUAUUCUCCAAACGCUGGAUGACAGUGAGUUAAGAAAGACUAUAGAUUAGAUCAUGCAGAGAUAAAGUUUUUGGUCGAUCUUAUUAGAGAUUUGCUCACAUCUCCCACCCAAUGCAACAACAAUACAAUGCCAACAACAUAUUGAUUUGUAACUGGAAAAGCACAAGAGUGCUGCAGGGAUGAGUGGUCUCUGUCAACUUUCCCCCUUAGCAGAGUGAUCACAGAAUUGAUUACAACACCUCAUUUCCCCAUUACCCCAAAAAUAACUUAGCUCAGAACCGAAGAAGUUGGUUCACAGCUGGAACAUGGUUAUUUGUGGAAAUAUGUGCUUAAUUGGUGGAAAAGGGGUAUUUCAGUCUCAUAUUGUGACGCAGUUCAUUUCAUUUCCACUGAGUGAAAAAGGACAACCAAUCACAUCUGUUAAACGAAUGAGUCAUACCUAGCAACAGGGUCAAAACACCUCCUCACUAACAUUAAAGUUCCUGUCCUUUCUUGCUCAUAGUUGCUCUGAGAAUUGUCCUGUAUCACUCCUAAGCUAAUAUCCAUGCUAGAAGUUUUUAGGAUAAGUUAGGAGCUCACUGAGUGUAUUAUCAGAAUAUUUGUUUAUAACACGGCUGCCAGACAGUAAGCAGCACGCAUCCAAGAGAGAGCUAUGAAAAUCAUAAAAACAGCGCAAAAACACUGCAAAUAUAGCAAGGCAAAAUGUCAAAGCUAGUUCCAAAAUGAGAAAUGUCUCUGGGGUUGGCCUCCAUUUUUGCUUUUUUGUUUAAUGCUUACAAACAAUAAGUAACAACUUCUGCAUAGUAUACCUUUAAAACCUUCAUUUGUCAGCUUAUAAGCUAACUGAUAGAAAAUACUGUGGAAUAAGCUUUUCAGUAGCUCAAACAACAGCCACUAAUUAAAAUAGAAAUGAGACGCUGGCUAUGCUUGGACUUUGUCAACUAUAAGACCUAGUUUUCUGAGGUAUAAUUCAGUUUGUCAAGGUUUUAUAAUUUUGGGAAAGUGCAUAUCAAUAAUGAGCAGGCAGAGAAGUCAUUUCAGAAUGCCUCAUUUAUGAGAGGAUGAGCAGUUUUUGCACAACACCAAGCUUGAUAGCAUCUAGUGAAUGAGAAAUAAAAGAAAACCGUGAGCAUUUUUAUUUCUUUGUUUCAAAAGACAUUAAAAAAUAAUAGAUGAACAAAGGAGCAAAGACUAAACAACAAUUUCAAAUGCUCAACUUUUCUUACUGUGAUGUUUAAUUUUGUCUGUGUACAAGUGUGUAUAGUCCGCUCUGAUUUCCUUUAUCAUACAGCUUGAAAAAUACACAUCAGAAAGAAAUAAUUUGUUCAUAUUAAGUGGGUACAAAGUGAAAUAUGGGACCUUAAAGUGCUCUUUUGUUUGGAAGAUCUCCGUGAUUGUUCGAAUGGUCUAAACAAGGUCUCAUUUAAAAAAAAAAAAAAAAAAGUAAGAAAAAUACUCUUUAUUAUUGCCAUUAAAUGCUGUAUUACAGUGACCAGCAUAUAUAUAUAUAUCUUGUAUGUUUGUGUGUUGUUGUCCAUGUAAAUAGCAGUAUGUUACUCCAAUGUUUGCCCUUGAAAAACAGACUGAGAAGUGAAAACAGCAAAUGGAGAGAAAGUAUUUUGUUAUUUGUUCUUCAGGAGACACAAUAUGUACAUACCUUCAGUAUAUUGUAAAUAAGUGAUACAAAAAAUCGGCGUUUUGUGUGUUAUAAAUAAUCUGUGUAUGGCGGUUCAACAGUUAAAAUCUGUUUCAGUGUU